GCCAGUAUCAUGCGCUUCCAUUCUGUCCUCCUCGGGGUAUCAUUCCUAUCAGGAUCCCUAGCGGCCGCUGCCGUUGUCGGUGGGAGACAACAGGAUGAUGGAGUGGAGACCCUUUCUCUCGAUGAGCUGUACGAUCUCGCCAUCGCCGAGGGAGGUCAGCUCAUCGUCAAGGCCGGUGGCGACGAGAAGAACCAGCAGGACUCUGUCAUCCAAGCCUUCCAAGAGAAAUUUCCGAAGAUCAAUAUUACGCUUACGGUCGACCUGUCGAAGUAUCACGACAGUGUCAUCGACCGAUCACUGAACCAGACAGGGAUAGCAGGUACAGACGUUGCUCAUUUGCAGACACUCCACGACUUCAUCAGGUGGAAGGAAGAAGGACGCCUCCUUUCGUACAAGCCAGCAGGGUGGGACCAGAUUCCGGAUGACAUCAAGGAUGCCGAUCAAGCUACCUAUGUAGGAAUUGCGUACUUGAUAUUCACCAACAACUUCGCCACAGCGAAAAUUGACGUGUCUGAGGCGCCUAUUGAGUUCCUGGAUUACCUGGAUCCUAAAUGGAAGGGAAAGAUCGUGUCAACCUAUCCUAACGACGACGAUGCGGUCCUUUUCGAGUUCUACAAGAUCCAGCAAACGCACGGCUGGGACGCCAUCAAUAGCUUCAUCGCGCAAGACGUUCAGUGGGUCCGUGGAACUGCUACUCCCGCCAGUAUCCUUUUGGCCGACAAUGACCGGGCCGUGUCAUUUACCACAGACACCGGUUUCACAAACGGCAGUUCCGGGGUGUUCCAGCAGUUACCAGAGAGUGACUUUAGUCAUAGUAUUAUUUGGGCUCAACGGGCAGCGAUAUUUGAGACAGCAGAGCAUCCCCACGCUGCGAAGCUCUACCUCAACUGGCUUCUCUCGGAGGAACGCCAGACCGCCCUCGGUGGAUGGAGCGUGCGCACUGAUGUUGCCCAGCAAGACGGUCUCAAGGUUUUGUCCGAAUACAGUGGGAAACUGGACCCGGCCGCCUUUGAGAUGUUUAUGGUUGACCGAGCGCUUGUCGAACGGUAUCGAUUCCAGUUCGAGCAACUGCUUGGCACGGCGCAGGGUCUUAGCCCGCUGGACGACGGUCUGUAGUAAUGUUUUUGGUGCCCUUAGAGCGGGAGUUGUC